CCUUUCUCCCUCCUUCUCCUCGCCCCUCCUUUCCCUCGUCUCAACCCCUCUAGUUCUUUCCCCGCCUCACCACUGUCCACGAUCUCGCGAGACUUGGCCCAGAACAUUGCGGAUCGGGUCGGCGCCAUUUUGGGACUGAGACUGGUUGUGGGGGAGGGAAAAGCGGCAAAAGGGGAUUAUUCAAAGUACCGAAAACCUUCUCCCGGGAUCAGGCGCAUCGACACCCCCAGGCCAGGGGCACCUCUGGUGGGGCAGAAGGUGAAUGAAUUACUCAGAUAUGAAGAUCAUCUUCUAGGUUUUGUGUAGAAGGCCCCGGAUAUUUUAAGUGGCCAUUUUGGAUUUACAAUGUUUUUGGAUAAUUUUGCCCCAGAAGUUUAUUAAAAUUGACAAGAAUCGUCUGUGAAGUGGAUUGAUAGUAGUGAACAAUUCAGCAAGCUACUUAAAAAGAGACCCAGGCAGCGUUUCUUCAGUAUUUUGGUUCAAACGGAUUAUAUAACUGGUUACAGUAUUUCAGCUGGUGGUAAUUUUUGCCUUCCCCCUCCCCCACUCCGUUGUUGGGGUUCUUCAGCCGAAACUGUGAGAGACGUUGAUUUGUGUACUGAGUAGUUUCAGCAGUUUCAAAUGACUGAGUAUUGCUGAAGUUUCAUGGCGGUUUAUUUUUACCUUUAUUGAAAGUUUUAGGAAUUUUUGACUUCAGCUCUUUCAUGUCACAAUGGGACACUUUUUAUAAAUGAAGACAUUGAAAGAAUACCGAAUUUUUUUCCUUUUAUCUUUUAUUUACGUAGAAAUUUAAGAUGUUGCAGUUUCCCGGCAGCAUGGUAGUAUUGAGAUAGCUGUGUGUGUCUCUGUAUAUGCUGAUAUUUAGGAAUGCUCUUCAGAUGUGAAAUUUUCUUUUUGUUUUUGCUUUUUGGCUCAUAAAUUGGAUAUUUCAUCUGGAGUGGACAAGUACAACAGUGGCAAGUACAUGGAAUAAUAAAGAAGACUGAUCUUAAAUCUAAAGAACUUGGCUAAUUCGGGAGAUAGCCAUAUGAAAACUUUAAAACAGAAGUAUGGGUAGCUGACUUGAAUUAACUCUAUGUCAAAUAGUCAUAGGUUAAAUAUCUUCAAAGAACUUCGAUAUUAUUUCAGAGGAUACAAAAUAAAAAUACAAACUGGAAAACAAAGAUUACAAAGAAAAAACCAACACCUUCCUGUGCAGUCCUGUUGGAAUUUGGACUUGCCAUGAGGUGUUGAAGCCUUGUUUCACUGAGUUGGAGAGACUGGACCUAAAUGGCGCAGCAUGACUUUGCUCCAGCCUGGCUUAAUUUCCCUACUCCACCAUCAUCAACAAAGUCGUCAUUGAAUUUUGAGAAGCAUUCUGAAAACUUUGCAUGGACAGAGAAUCGUUAUGAUGUGAGUCGUCGACGACACAACUCUUCAGAUGGCUUUGAUUCUGCUAUUGGACGUCCUAAUGGAGGUAACUUUGGAAGGAAAGAAAAAAAUGGAUGGCGUACACAUGGAAGAAAUGGUACAGAAAACAUAAAUCAUCGAGGUGGAUACCAUGGUGGAAGUUCCCGUUCUCGUAGCAGUAUUUUCCAUUCUGGAAAAAGCCAAGGACUACAUGAAAACAACAUACCUGACAAUGAAACUGGGAGGAAAGAGGACAAGAGAGAACGUAAACAGUUUGAAGCUGAGGAUUUUCCAUCUUUAAAUCCUGAAUAUGAGAGAGAACCAAACCACAAUAAAUCUUUAGCUGCAGGUGUGUGGGAAUACCCUCCGAAUCCUAAAUCUAGAGCUCCAAGGAUGCUGGUCAUUAAGAAAGGUAAUACAAAAGACUUACAGCUAUCUGGAUUCCCAGUAGUAGGAAAUCUUCCGUCGCAGCCAGUUAAGAAUGGAACUGGUCCAAGUGUUUAUAAAGGUUUAGUCCCUAAACCUGCUGCUCCACUUUCAAAACCUACACAAUGGAAAAGCCAAACAAAAGAAAAUAAAGUUGGAACUUCUUUCCCUCAUGAGUCCACAUAUGGUGUUGGCAACUUUAAUGCUUUUAAAUCAACUGCCAAGAAUUUUAGUCCAUCAACAAAUUCAGUGAAAGAGUGUAAUCGCUCAAAUUCCUCUUCUCCUGUUGACAAACUUAAUCAGCAGCCUCGUCUAACCAAACUGACACGAAUGCGCACUGAUAAGAAGAGUGAAUUUUUGAAAGCAUUGAAAAGAGACAGAGUAGAAGAGGAACAUGAAGAUGAAAGCCGUGCUGGCUCAGAGAAGGAUGACGACUCAUUUAAUUUACAUAACAGCAAUAGUACUCACCAAGAAAGGGAUAUAAACCGAAACUUCGAUGAAAAUGAAAUUCCUCAAGAGAAUGGCAAUGCCUCCGUGAUUUCCCAGCAGAUCAUUCGGUCUUCAACCUUCCCACAAACUGAUGUUCUUUCAAGUUCACUUGAGGCAGAACACAGAUUGUUAAAGGAAAUGGGCUGGCAGGAAGACAGUGAAAAUGAUGAAACAUGUGCUCCCUUAACUGAGGAUGAAAUGAGAGAAUUCCAAGUUAUUAGUGAACAGUUACAGAAGAAUGGUCUGAGAAAAAAUGGUAUUUUGAAAAACGGCCUGAUCUGUGACUUCAAGUUUGGACCUUGGAAGAACAGCACUUUCAAACCCACAACUGAGAAUGAUGACACAGAGACAAGUAGCAGUGACACAUCAGAUGACGACGAUGUGUGAAGGAUUUCCUGACAGCUUUAGAAAUCUUAGUGUGAUACAUCUCUCAUACAGUUUGGGGUGAAUUGUAAAAAUGAAGAACUAUAAUUUAUGUAGUGAAAUACCCCAUUUAGAAGAGGAUUUUUUGGGGGACUUCAAUACGAAGAAAACCAAGAAUGUUUUGUUGGGCUGUGUUGAACAUUAUUUCUUUGUAAAUGAAUGUUGUAGGAAUGAGGACUUGGGUUGGUCCAACAUUGACUUUCUUCAUCACUGCAACAUUUCUCUGACUAGCAAUGUGACGAUGUAACAAAUGAGAUUUUCUCAUUUAAUAAUAAAAAAUUGUGUAAUGUUUUGCAAAGCUUCUGUCUUAAAAUGUCCAGGUCUUAAGAAAAAAGGCAGCUUACACUGUUUUGCUUGCAGAGUCAUAUCUUUUUCGUACAAUGGAAAUCCUUAAGUCCACUUUGUGCGGUCCCCCUCUCCUCCCCCCAAAAAACAAACAAAAAAACCAAAAAGGAAAAUGUAGCAUGUUGGCUAAAACUGGAGCAAAGUGCACUAAAACAAUUUCCUGAACUCAGCUGUUGUACUAUUCACCUUUUAAAACAUAUAUUGCUCUUUAGCCAUUUGUAGUGCAGUAAAUGUUACAGGAAAAGACUUGCCACAUUUUCUUCCAAAUUUUAAGAGAUGAUUUUCAAAAGCUUUAUUGGGGUAUGUUGUUAGACCAGGGUUUUCAGAGUUGAUGGAAAAGAGUCUUGUGGGAAAACUUAUUUUGAUAAAUUAUUACACACGCAGAAAAACUGAUCACACUGACUGGAUCUGUCCACAACAUGGAAAAUAAACUGGAUUUUCAGAAUAUUGUUGUUUUCUGUAGUGUUCAAGGUAUUGUUUCUAAACAUAAACAUACUCUAAACAUGCUUUAUCCACUUGUUAAAGUCAGACUUAAAAGUAAUACCUUACUAAAGAUGAUGAUUAUUACUUUCUGAGGUGAGAAAAGGAAAGCUAAGCCUUUUCAUUAUCAAAUACACAAGCUUAUUAAAUGAA